GAGCCAGAAGGUAAUGUCGUAAAGCCGAGUGUCGUAAACCAGGUGCAGGGAGGGGAGGUGGAGUAGAAGGGAGGGGAGGUGUGGGGGCGAGAGGAGGUGACUCUCCAGCAGCAUUUAGACACAGCGAAAGGAUCAUGGCGGAUGGCCCCAGGUGUAAGCGCAGAAAGCAGGCGAACCCGAGGAGGACAAACGUGAGUAACUACAGUCAUGUGCUGGAGGGCCAGUCAGACUCAGAUGAUGAAGAUAAGCUUCACAUCGUGGAGGAGGAAGGGAGUCUCCUGGACGGGGCUGACUGUGACAGUGUGGCCCCUGACGAUUACCCUAACGGGACCGUCGACCAUGAAGGCAGAUGGGACGAUGUGAAAGAGGAGUGCGUGUCGGACGAGGAUGAGAGGAGUAGAGAUGCUUUGGUUGAGGAGAUGCUCCAGCAAGGAGACACGGCCGUCAUUUUCCCGGAGGCUCCAGAAGACGAACCGCGACAGGGCACACCAGAAACCAGCGGACAUGAUGAAAAUGGCACGCCAGACUCAUUUUCUCAGCUCCUCACCUGUCCCUAUUGCUCUCGUGGCUACAAGCGUUACACCUCACUGAAAGAACACAUUAAAUACAGACACGAGAAGAGCGAGGACAACUUCAGCUGCUCUCUCUGCAGCUACACCUUUGCCUACCGAACACAGCUAGACAGACACAUGACCGCACACAAAGCUGGCAGAGAACAGCGGCAUGUUACUCAAUCAGGUGGAGGAGGGAAUCGAAAGUUUAAAUGCACUGAAUGUGGCAAAGCCUUCAAGUACAAACACCACCUGAAAGAACACCUGCGCAUCCACAGUGGAGAAAAGCCUUAUGAGUGCUCCAACUGCAAGAAGCGUUUCUCUCAUUCCGGUUCUUAUAGUUCCCACAUCAGCAGUAAGAAGUGCAUCGGACUCAUCUCAGUAAACGGACGGCCGCGACCUUCUCCCGCCACCGGGGCUGCCAAGACCCCGCAGUGCUCUUCCCCAUCCCUGCCAACCUCUUCCCCCACGGCACGUGUCCAAGUCAGAGACAAACUGGACAAUAGUAAACCCCUUCAGGAACAGCUUCCCUUGACACAGAUCAAGUCUGAGCCACUGGACUAUGAGUACAAGCCUGUGGUGGUGGCGCCAUCUGCUAGAGGCGUAAAUGGCAUAUUCCAGGGUGGGGCGGCAGCCCCUCUUCAGGGCGCCGUACAAGCUGUUGUGCUCCCAACAGUGGGUCUGGUAUCCCCAAUCAGCAUCAACCUGGGGGACUUACAGAACGUGCUGAAGGUGGCAGUGGAUGGGAACAUCAUCAGGCAAGUGCUGGAAAGCACACAAGCUAAGGGGCAGCAAACAGGGAUGGGAAUCGUUGGAGCAGGAGGGGUGGGAAUUGCCCAAGCAUCCCAGCAAGUCAUACAGGCCAUUAGUCUUCCCAUCUUGGACCAGGAUGGCAGUGCGAAGAUCUUCAUCAAUUACAGUCUAGACCCUUUACAGGCCCAAGCAGUCCUUCAAAGUCCGAAGAAGGAAUCUUUGGGUUUGAACACAGAAGCCUGCAAGGCUCAGAAGCUGCCAGAGGACUUGACAGUCAAGACGAAUAGGGACAAAACCACCAUCACUGUGGACGAGAAGAGUAUUUUACACAAUGACACAACACUUAAGCACUGUGGUAAAGAUGGACAUAGGGUAAAUGGGAAAAACCUUGAGAGGAAGAUCGACUUGGAGGAAGGACUGUGUCCUGGUCAGCCUCCCCUGAAGAACCUUCUCUCCUUGCUCAAGGCUUACUUUGCCUUAAACAAUGAGCCCACCAAGGAGGAGCUGGCAAAGAUAUCAGAGUCUGUCAGUCUUCCGGCAGAGGUGGUGAAGAAGUGGUAUGAGAAGAUGCAGUUGGGACAGAUCUCUUUAGAACCCUCCUCACCCCUGGCUGAGGAUGAGCAGACCACUCCUGGAGAUUUGGAUGGGACUAGAGGUGCAUCACCCCGACCAGAGCCGGAUAAGCAACUGAUCUCAGAGGAGCAAGGAGAGAGGGAAUGCUGUAGCCCAGCUGAGGGCGUAGCAGCUGGGGAGAAUGGGAUAGAGAGUGUCCCUACAUCCCCUUCACCACUAAACCUAUCCGCCGAUGGUCCUGUCCCAGCCAGGACUCUUGAGGAAGGCGAGGGACCUCUCGAUCUGUCGCUACCAAAAUCUGCUGCUACAGCUGCUGUGGCAAGCGGUCACGUAAACACUGUUUACUCGGCUCAAGAGGAGCCAUUGAAUUUGACUUGCACAAAGAAGGAACUGCUCAGCAAUGCAAGCACCAAUGCUACCAUAUAUGCCAGCCAGCCAAGUGCCAAUCCCAUAAACAUUGUGACCACUCAACUGCCCACCCUAGUGGCUAUCACUGACCAGGGACAAGCGCAAUGUCUUCGUGCACUUACCACCACUAAUCAGACCAUCCUGAUCCCGCAGCUGACUUACAGUUACACAACUACAUCCUCCAGCCUAGCAGGGAACGACGCUCCACAGAAGAACGUUAUACACGUCAAUGGCAUCAAGGAGGAGAAACAGGAGAUGGGGUCAGAGGUCACCUCAACAUUGGAAGAACAGACAGACUCAGAUUCAGGGCCGACGAGAAAGAAGAUGAAAAGGACGGAGAGUGGGCUGUACGCCUGUGACCUGUGUGACAAAAUCUUCCAGAAGAGCAGCUCAUUGCUCCGCCAUAAAUACGAACACACAGGAAAGAGGCCUCAUGAAUGUGGGAUCUGCAGCAAGGCCUUCAAACACAAGCACCACCUAAUAGAGCACCUGCGUCUGCACUCCGGAGAAAAGCCGUACCAGUGCGACAAGUGCGGCAAACGCUUCUCCCACUCUGGCUCCUACUCGCAACACAUGAACCACCGAUACUCCUACUGUAAGAAAGAGGCUCAAGGCCAAGGGCUAGGUCAGGGAGUCGAGGAAGAGGACAAUCCUGGUGAGGAGCAGCCUCGGACGGGCAGCACAGCGACCUCGCCCCCCUCCCACCUGGACUCGGAUGAGCGGGGGAGUAGUACCAGAGAGGAUGAGAGCGAGGAGGAUGAGGAGAUGGGCUCGGGGAGCUUAGUGGAUGAGGAUGAGAUUCAGGUGGUCAAGAUCGGAGAGGAGGGAGAUGAAGACGACCAGGGAGCAGAUGAAGACCGGGAAGGGGAGGGAGAGAGGAUGGAAGGGGCAGAACAAGAAGAAGAUGGUGACGAGGAAGGUGAGAGUGAGGAAAAUGACGGACAAACGCUGAAAGUCGUAGUGAUGCAGGAUGAAUGUGAAGACGGAAACGAAGAGGAUGAACAAAUGGCGGAGGAGGCCAUGGACACAGGAACUCUUGAACACAUGAAGGACAUAACAGAAAAAGAGAACCCGGCGGACGAUAAGAAAAAGAUUGAAAAUGAAGAAAACACAGCCACUAUGAAUGGAGACGAGAAGUGAAGCCACAACUGUGUUUUUAUUGCCCUUAUUCCUUACGACGUUGUUUUACAAAGUUACUAAUUUGAAGGAACAAAAAAGACGUUUUCUCUCCGCAGAUGUUUCUCUCUCUUCCUGAGAAGUGACUGUGUUAAGACAAGAAUGAAGUGAGGAAGAGAGCGUGACUGCUCUUACGCUGCAUUUAAACCCACUACUGUGUAUAAACCCCCAGGUGUGCCUGAUAAAUACAAAUAGUUACUUUUUCCACAUAAAGACAAUUUUCAGUGUUUGAGUAUGGUUUGUAUAAAUGCAAAGUUUAACGAAAAAACGAUGCAAACAAAAACAAAAAAGAAAAUGACGCAUAUACGGACUGAAAGCUAUACACGUUUUGGCUAAUAAUGUUUAUUACUAAAACGCCUUCAGUCAAUUUCUUUUAUCAGUAUUACUAAUUUUUUGUCACUCUCGGUUUACCCUCAAAAGCUGUACAGUUGGAAGAGAGAGAUUUCUAUACGUUUUUAUUGCCAAUGAACAAAACUCAGUAUUUUCUUGCAUUUGAAGGAAAAAAA